CUCAUCGCGGUCCCUGUCGCUCGUCUCCAACGGGAUAAAUCGAUUCCGUCUACCAGGAUUGAACAGGCCAGUUGCGAGACUGGCAGGACGUGAUGUAUAUAAGGACGGCCAUGAACAGCAAGGCCAGACUGUUUUUAAUGAAACUGGUAAUCAGUAACUGUGUUUAAAGUAUCAAUUCCAGUUCAAUACAAUUUAUUCCCAUGUGGCUCAUAAAGAUCCUAACCACCCUCCUCCUCCAAUCCAUCUUAGCCACUUCUCUCCCAAACUCCAGCAACAUAACAUCUGCAGACCCCGGCCCAGGAGGAAACUCGCCGAUCCGCCCAUUCCGCCUCGACCAAGUCCGUCUGGGCUCCGGCUUACUCCAGGAAAAGCGCGACCGGAUCACCGCAUUCCUGCACGACUACGAUGAACGGCGCUUCCUAAUCCUCUUCAACAACCAGGCCGGCCGGUCGAAUCCAGACGGAAUCUCCGUUCCCGGAGGGUGGGAAGAUGGCGGGCUUCUCAGCGGGCAUUGGACGGGGCACUUCAUGACGGCUCUCUCGCAGGCAUAUGCAGAGCAGGGCGAUGACGCAGACCUUUAUAAGAAUAAGCUCGACUGGAUGGUGGCCGAACUAGCAGCGUGUCAAAAGGCCAUUACAGCGCGGAUGGACGGUACAGCCCCAGGUAAAGCAGGAAAUGCAUCCUGGAUCCCCACACAUCCAGGCUAUCUCGGCGCCCUCCCCGAAGACACAGUCCUAAGACUCGGCCCGCCGCGCUGGGCUAUUUACGGCGCCGACGCAGAGAAGGAUACCUGGGCGCCGUGGUACACGCAGCACAAGAUCAUGCGCGGGCUUCUGGACGCAUACUACCACACCAACAACACCCAGGCACUAGAUGUCGUGGUUGAAAUGGCAAAAUGGGCCCAUCUCGCGCUUACCAUCGGCGACAAGAAUCACCCUGACUAUCCCGGGAAUAUAACCCGGGAUGAUUUGAAUUAUAUGUGGGACUUGCAUAUCGCGGGGGAGUACGGUGGCGCGAAUGAGGUUUUCUCAGAGAUAUACCAGAUAACCGGAGAUGCACGGCAUCUGGAUACAGCCAAGACAUUUGAUAAUCGCGAGUCACUGUUCGGCGCCGCCGUAGAGGACGAGGAUAUCCUCGUCGUGAGUCCAGAUGCGAUUCCAGGCCGACGGAGAGCAGCGCAACUGCACGCCAACACGCACGUCCCCCAGUUCGUGGGGUAUAUGCGCAUAUACGAACAUAGCGGCGAGGAAGCAUACCACAGCGCCGCAAAGAACUUCUACGCCUGGGUUGCUGGACACCGAACAUUCGCGCACGGCGGGACGGGUGGGAAAUUCCCGAAUUCGACUGAUAACCCGGAACUGUUCCAGAAUCGGGACAAUGUCGCGAAUGCAAUCGAGUUUGAGGGCGCUGAGACUUGUACCACGUAUAACAUGCUUAAGCUGGCGAGGGAUUUGUUCUUGCAUGCGCGGACGGAUGAUGAUGAUGAUGACGCCGCGGCGUAUAUGGAUAAUUAUGAGCGCGGGCUGUUUAAUAUGAUUGCGGGCUCGCGCGCGGAUCGGGAUAGUCUUGAUGAACCGCUGGUGACGUAUUUCCAGCCUCUUACGCCUGGUGCGGUGCGCGAGUAUGGGAAUACGGGGACUUGCUGUGGUGGGACGGGGAUGGAGAGCCAUACCAAGUAUCAGGAGACGGUGUAUCUGCGCUCGGCGGAUGGGUCGGCGCUGUGGGUGAACUUGUAUGUGCCGUCUAGUCUGGAUUGGGAGGAGCGGGGGUUCAAAGUUACUCAGGAGACGGCAUUCCCUCGUGGAGAUACUGUCAAGUUGACCAUCACUGGAGAUGGCAAGCUGGAUAUCAAACUCCGUGUGCCUGGCUGGGUGCAUAAAGGCUUCCAUGUCACUUUCAACGGCGAACAGUACGAAAGCGACGCAGUCCCAGGGACAUAUCUAACCCUAAGCCGCAUCUGGAAGACAGGCGACCAGAUUGAAAUCCGCAUGCCAUUCACCAUCAGAGUCGAGCGCGCCCUCGACCGUCCAGACACGCAGUCUCUCAUGUGGGGGCCUAUUCUGCUCCAAAUCCUCGGCAGCCCAAGCAACAGCUUCCAGGAGUUAACACUGUACAAGAAUCUGAAGCUCGACGGGGAUUACUCCGCGGCCAUCAAGCAAACAGGAACCACAGCACGAGGUGACCCUCUUUUCAGCAGCGGCAAUUUCACCGUCAGGCCGUACUACAUCAGCGAUGACAAGUCGGCGUCUUCGUACUUCCGCCGCACCGAGCCGGUCGUGGUGUUCGGCUCGAUCGAUACAGAUGUGCCGAAUCGGAAGCGUGAUGAUGGACUGCCCGACUAUGAUGUCCCUGUUGGAGGGAUCGAGUCGCCUGGUGAUGAUGGACCGACGUUCUUGGACCUGGUUUGGGACCGUGCGCCAUUUGAUAACCAUGAAGAUUUUGUAGAAGCUGUGACUGAUGUUGCAGAUGCGUUUGUGGAUGCUGGGGUUUAUACCGAGAAGGAGAGGGAUUCAAUUAUCGCUGGGGCUGAAGAGGCGAAGGGGAGCUUGUAGAUUGAAUUCUGAUCUGGUAGAAGCAGUAACAAUCUUGAACAAAAUUAUCUCUCGUCAGUCCAUGGAUAAACAACUCCUGUCAAAUCUUGGUGACAGCUCUUCUCACCUCGCCUUAUCCAAGAUGACACUAUUCUCCCUCCAUCACCUUCUUCGCCGUGUCCAUGCCGUGAGACUUCAACCAG